AUGAAUUUGACCAACAUCUGGAGAAAAAUUGUGGGAUUCGUGCUUACAGACUAUUCUAGCGUCGAGCAGGAGACGUCUACAGAUCUGUUCACUAACAAUCAGUUGCUUGCAGGCGAUUUUGGCUACGAAAAGUUGACUCAGGAGUUGCAAAAUGAUCUUGAAGCCGUCAAACAAACUGCCGAGUUUCAAGCAUUAUCCGAGCCUGGUAAAGUAGUCUUCUGUCAAUACUUGAACGACAUGGCGCAGCAUUUCGGAACCCAUAUUGGGCGCCACAAUUUCCUAGCCUCCGCUCGAGUCCAGUCUUGGCGCCAGAAUUUCGGUGAUUAUUAUUGUAAUUGUCCACGUGGAGUUCUUCCACAGAUAGACCUGUUUCAACCAAUUCACAUCGUAGACUUACAAGCUUUGAAGUGCCUGGAGUCACUUUAUGAACUGUUCAACGAUAGCGGUCCUCAGCGCGAGUCUUUCUUCUCAAAUGUAUCGUCGAAAGACAUUAAAGGUAUGGAAUUUCUUGCGGAUUCAGUGCUGGUGACCAAGACUAAGGCUUUUGAUGGGCUAGAUGGUAUACACUGUAAACUCGACGCAACACACGAGCGCUUGUUUCAGCACAUUGAAAAAGCCAAGAAUGCGCACUAUACCUAUGCCUAUCAAGCCCAGUUAAUCAAAGAUAAUUUGGUAAUCAUACAUUACGGGAUUGGUAUAUUUUUAUUGGAUGCAUUGAUCGAUGUGAUUAGGCAGCGUUUCCAAGGACACUUCCUUUGGAAUAUUUUGGUGUUCUUCAUCAAUGUUACUGCUGUGUUACUUUUCUUGCCUCCCCGAGUAUUGCUGUUUUGCUGGCUGUUUCGACAACAUAGACAUUCUGUUGCCAUUGUUUCGAACGCUGUCGAGACUUUGAAAUAUGGUAAUUUUUCCAAGCACUAUCAAUGUGCUUUGAAGUGCUACCUCGGUUUCCAUUGCGUCGAUAUCCAAUCGAUUUGUCGAGAACUUCCUUACGAGCUCACUAGAAAAAUGUCCAGAAAGGAGAUCAAGAGCAUCCGGGAAAAGCAGAUUAUUCUCUCUGAUAUUUUGAAAGAUACCAUCAAAGAAAUGUCCAACACCUGUUCGAUGAUCACAUUCAGGAUUGAGCUAGGAGGUAUUUUUGUGACCUUGAUGUCCUCAGAAGACGAGACAUACACCAAAAACUUGACAAAAAAUUUGGAUCUAAUGCGAGACAGCAUUAGCGCGGUGCGGAACAGAGCCAAAGAACUUUGUGCCUGUAAUCUUUCUCAGUCUAGUGUAUGGAGUGAGGCUUACCGAAACGAACUCAAGCGUUUGGAACUGUUUUGCGUUGUAAUUGCAGCAAAAUUAGAUAUUUUUGUCCUCGGCUGCCAACCCGAAAUGAUGAGAGUUGGCAACAAUUUGGAAACGGCUUUUCUUGCUGAUCUUCGAAGACUGGGGAUAUUCUAUGCGUGUUUCACAGUCCUGAUAUAUGUAAAGUUUCAUGCCUUCAUGUCCAGUCUCUUCCCGGACACGGACUUAACUUCAGUCUUAAUGGAAUGGAAUCCUUUUUCCCGCUUUUUUUCCAGAUUGGGAUUGGGUUUAUUCCUAUGA